CUCAGUUACAGCCCGGACAUACCUACCUCAACAAUGCUUUGCAACCAUGCAAAAAAUUAUAAACAGGAUGCUCACAGUUCCUACCACCACAAUACUUACAUGCCUCCGACUAAUGGGACACAUGGCUUCCACCACCUACGUAGUCCACCAUGCUCGUCUGCACUUUCGAUGUUUUCACCUGUGGAUUGCAACCAUUUAUAUCCCAUCACGACACCCUCGAAACAAAACAGUUACUAUCCCACCAGACGUGCUCGCAUCCUUACGAUGGUGGACAGUGCCAAACAAUCUUCUGGCGGGGGUUCCGUUCCAACAAAUCGAACCCACUAUUCAAAUCACCACAGAUGCUUCCCUGCUCGGCUGGGGGGCACAUAUGGAUGGUCACGCAAUUCAAGGCAGGUGGUCCCCAAACGAGACACUCUUACAUAUUAAUCUCCUCGAAUUGAGGGCAGUAAGAAAUGCCUGUGCACACUUUGCCUCCGACAUCGCCAAUCACAGAGUCCGCAUCCUAACGGACAACAUCUGCACGAUGUUCUACAUAAACAGACAGGGUGGAGCCCGCUCCCGCUUGCUAUGCGCGGAGGCUAUUCGCCUGUGGAACGCGGGUAUCCACAACCAAGUCACCCUUAUAGCAUCCUACCUACCCGGAGUGAACGAUACCAAAGCGGACUCCCUCAGCCGAAACUUCACCGCGCACCACGAAUGGGGGUUACAUAUGGAGGUGGCGAACUCAAUUUUCCACCAGUGGGGAUGGCCAUUGAUAGACCUCUUUGCUUCUACCCAGAACACCAAAUGUCCCCAAUUCUGCUCACGUGCGGGACUUGGCAAACGCUCUCUUGGGGAUGCCUUCCUAAUCAAAUGGACAGCCCUCCUAUACUAGGCCUUUCCUCCCAUACCCCUCAUCCCAAGAGUUCUGAGCAAGAUCCUGAGAGACAAAGCCCUAGUCAUCCUGAUUGUGCCAUCAUGGUCUCGCCAAACCUGGUACCCAUACCUUCACAGGCUAGCAGUCCAGCCCCCCCACCCACUACCAUACCGGAUAGACCUACUAUCUCAGGACGACGUCAGGAUCCUGCAUCCACAACUCAAUACCCUGCAUCUUCACGCAUGGCUUCGCUCUGGUUCUCGGAGGUAGAAGAGCGCUGCUCCCAGCGAGUAAAAGACCUCCUCCUCCAUAGCAGGAUACAGUCUACUCGGAAAACUUACCAACAGAAAUGGACACGUUUCUGUCACUGGUGUCAGCGAGCCAAAGUGGAGCCCUGUGCCUCACCACUAAAUACCAUCCUAGACUACAUUCUGGACCUUAAAGCAUCAGGACUGUCAAUCUCCUCUCUAAGAGUACACCUCUCUGCAAUAGCAGCAUUUCAUACCUCAGUAGACGGCUUCUCCAUUUUUAACCAUCCUAUUACGAAGAGAUUCCUCAAGGGGCUCCAGAAUGUGUACCCACCACAUAAGGCCCCAUCCCCUUUAUGGGACCUAAAUCUUGUUUUGAAUUGCCUCACCAGACCUCCCUUUAACCCACUGGCAACAGUACCACUUCCCUUCCUUUUUAUGAAAGUCUGUUUCCUCUUAGCCAUUACCUCCGUCAGGAGGGUGAGCGAACUCGGAGCAUUAAUGUCAGAACCUCCUUACACAGUUUUCACAAAGGAUAGGGUCAUACUGAGACCCCAUCCCACAUUUUUGCCAAAGGUCUGUACAGAAUUCCAUCUCAACAAACCGAUUGUAUUACCUACCUUUUUCCCAAAACUGCAUUCUUCGCAGACAGACGCCAGCCUGCACACUCUGGACAUCCAGAGGGCUCUGGCCUUCUUCCUAGAAAGAACAAAACCAUUUCAUAAAUCUGAAAGACUUAUCUCCAUUGCUGAACGAUCCAAAGGGACACCAGUAUCAUCGCAACGAAUCUCAAAGUGGAUAUCAACAUGUAUAAUCAAAUGCCACACUCUGGGCAAUAGACCGCUACAACGCCCACCACAAGCGCAUUCUACUCGAGCCACGGCUGCUUCUACAGCCUUUCUGGGCAAUGUCCCCUUAAGAGACAUUUACUGGGCAACAACAUGGUCUUCAGAACAUACUUUUGCUAAACACUACGCUAUCCUUCCACAACUCAAGAGUGAUUCAGCAGUUGCCACAGCAGUACUCUCGACCACUGCUAAACAAUGACUCCGGCUCCCUCCAGCCUUACAUUGAAUACUGCUUUGUAGUCACCUACAGUGGAG